AUGGCGGAAGAUAUGGCGAGUCAUUACCAGGUGAUGGAGGAGCUGGGAAGUGGAAGUUUUGGCACCGUUUACAAGGCAAUUGAUAAAACCACCGGAGAGAUUGUCGCAGUGAAACAUAUCGACCUCGAAUCCAGCGAAGAUGAUAUUCAGGAGAUUCAGCAGGAGAUUUCCGUCCUGGCCACCUGCGCCAGCGCGUUUGUUACACAGUACAAAGCAAGCUUCCUGAAGGGGCACAAGCUAUGGAUCGUGAUGGAGUAUCUGGGAGGAGGAUCCUGUCUGGACCUGUUAAAACCAGGGGUUUUCAACGAAGCGCAUGUUGCCAUCGUGUGCCAACAACUCUUACAAGGUCUCGAUUAUCUCCACAGCGAAGGCAAGAUCCAUCGUGAUGUCAAAGCCGCCAACGUCCUGCUUUCGAAUACCGGAAAAGUGAAACUGGCCGACUUCGGUGUAGCGGCACAAUUGGUCAACAUCAAGUCUCAGCGCAAUACAUUUGUCGGCACACCAUUCUGGAUGGCACCAGAAGUUAUCCAGCAGGCUGGAUACGACUUCAAGGCCGACAUCUGGUCCUUGGGUAUCACCGCAAUCGAAAUGAUCAAUGGCGAGCCCCCGCACGCCAGCACCCACCCUAUGAAAGUUCUAUUUUUGAUUCCGAAGAAUCCGGCCCCUCGAUUGGAGGGCAAUGAGUACAGCAACACCUUCAAAGACUUUAUUGCUCAAUGUUUGACCAAGGACCCCGAUCGCCGCCCGAGUGCAAAGGAGCUUUUGCGUCACAAGUUUAUUAGAAACGCAGGGAAGACCGAGGCUCUGCAGGAACUGAUUCACCGCAAGCAGGACUGGGACGGUGGACGAGGAGCAACCAAGGACGUGAAAUACUACGCAGAGUCAUUGAAUACCAUUACCAAGCUUCCCACCGAACAAAACGAUGACGAUGAAGACUGGGUAUUUGAUACUGUCAAGGCUCCCAGCAUGUGGGUGCCCAAGGGUACUGACUGGUCCACACUGGACGAGGAGUGGGAAGAACAAGACCCUAGUCAGCUGAUGGAAGACAUGCACAUCGCUCAACCACCCCCACCGCCAAAGCACCAGGCCAAUUCGACUGUCCGCCGAGCAACAAACGCCGAGCGCUCACCAUCCGUCCGCCGGGCCAACACGAAGCGCCGGUCCAGCGGUGUCAAACAGCCAUUGGGCCUAGAUCUCAGCUUCGGCAAUACCCCAUCCACUGUGCGACAAUUCCGUCGUGUCUCAGAGAGAGUCCCCAACAGCGAAAACGGACAGGUCAAGCCGCCGCCUGGAUUUGAUGAGAACACCAGCCCCAAGCCCCUCACUCCUGAGACUAUAAGCAAGGAAGGCCAGCUAGGUCGACGCGCCUACAGCAGGGCUGUGGGUCUUUCCUGUCAGGAAGUUCUUGCUACUACCGGAGAUGGCGAGAAGCGGGAUGCGAUCUCUCGAUUGGCCGAAGCCUGGAGUGACUUGGAGAUGGUUGACCCCGAGGGCUUGUACCACAUCGUGCGCAUCAUGAACGAGAGACUUCAAGCCGACCCUCGCCUAUCUACUCUCAUUCCCACAUCUCCUCAGCCAGAUUCCCCGCAACGCCCACGCCUCGUCCUGGCGCAGAAUAACCCUCACCUCAAAAGCCACCACCGACGACAAUCAAGUGUCGUUGAACCUCGACCCUCAUCUCCUCUCUCCAACCUACCUGGCCAAACCACGUCUGGUAUGGAACAUACGAAACAAUUGACCGAUGUUCUGUACUCUCGUUGGGCGGACGGUCUUCGCAACCGUUGGGGAAUCUAG